AGGCUGCGGGAACUGUGGCUGUUUAGUCAAGAGGAGACUGAGGAGGGUCAUAUUAAUAUUUACAAAUAUCUGAAUGAUGCUUCAUGCUGAAAGUAGAGAAAGACUCUGGGAGUGUCAGAAUGAAAUCACAAUUGAACCAUAUUCUAAAAAAAUAAAGUCAACAGAAGGGACUUACAAGAAGCUCUUUGAUGAGGAUAAUCAACAUAUACAGGAGGAACUGGAUACUGAGAGAAGAGCAAAUUAUUUGAUACCAGCAUAUGCCUCAGAUAACCAAGGGCAGCACGCAAUGCAGAAGCAAGAGAAAAUACUUACUGGUGUCUUGGAAAAACUGAAUGAAGUGCUUCCUGAAAAUAAUCUUGUACUUAGUCAUCCAGUUGAUCCAGAAACUCUGCAGAAUGUAAGUCCUCCAUUUUCAUCCAUAAGUGACACUAAUGUUGAAGAAAAGAAAGGCUCUUUUCUUACAAUUAAUGAUAGUGAGGGUAAAAAUAGCAGUAUGUUGUUCUCAGUAAGUAGAAAUGGAUCAGAUGAAGAGUUUUUUACAAGCAAAGAAUUUAUUGGACCGAUUUACAAGCCUCCUGAUAGUAACAAUGACAGUUGCAAUGAAUGUAGAAGCAGUGAGGGAGAUCCGAACGAAUUGCAUGACAACAGAGCUAGGAGAAAGGAAGCAAAGAAGAUGCAGACUAUUUCUUCUGUGGUACCAGAAAUAGAUUAUGAACUGGACCAGUUCUAUAAAGAAAUUCACCAGCUGGAAAGUGAAAAUUUAGAUACUAAUUUUCAGGAAAAAGAAACUGAAACUUCUCAGGAACAACAGUCUUCAUAUAACUGUAGCCAAACCUCACAAGAGGAUUAUCAACAUGUACUGCUGGGCAGCCCACAAACAUUUUAUGAGAAUGGACAGUGUUUCUUUGAACACAACAGUCAGAAAUCAAGCAAUGAGCAGCCGUUUGUUGAGGAAACAAAUAGCUGGAAAACUGAAAAUAACAGACAAGAUUCAAAAUAUUGGAACCACUCAGUGCCUGAAUUCCGACCUGCUUGGCAGUUAACAGAAUCUUUCAGAGUGCCUCGGGUACCUCUUCCUCCUAAAUUCAACCAACAGUCCCAUUUUCAGAUAGUUAAUUCUCCACCACAAAAAACAAAUGCUCUCCCUUCUCAGAAUGGUGAACUUUCUUAUAAAAGUUACCACAGUUACCAUGGAAAUGUGGAUAUCAACAGCCAUGGUCCAUUGCUUGAUCAGAGUACCAGCUGUGCUGAUCAUACCGGUAUCCAAACCACCCAGAUCUUCAGAAAUGGAAAUAAUGACCAGAAUGGACUUCAAAAUAAUGGUUUCUGUGAAACCAGAGAAGAGCGUUGGAAAGAUCUAAAAGCUGACAGUACAGAAGGAUUGCACAGCUUUUCUUCCUUGCAGUUACCUGAAGAAAGACUCAGUUGUUCACAGAAAUUGCUCUUCAUCUUAAGAGGCCUACCUGGCUCAGGGAAAUCAACACUUUCUCGUGUUCUGCUUGAUCAACGUCAUGAUGGCAUUGUAUUGAGCACUGAUGAUUAUUUUCGUCAACAAGAUGGAUAUACAUAUAAUGUUGCUCAGCUUGGCGAUGCCCAUGACUGGAACCAGAACAGAGCAAAGCAAGCAAUGGAGCAGGGAAAAUCUCCAGUUAUAAUAGACAACACUAAUACUCAAGCCUGGGAAAUGAAGCCAUAUGUGGAAGUGGCUCUAGAAAAGGGAUACAGAGUGGAGUUCUAUGAGCCAGAUACUUGGUGGAAGUUUGAUCCUGAAGAAUUAGAAAAGAGGAAUAAACAUGGGGUCACUCGUGAGAAGAUUGCCCAGAUGUUGGAACGAUAUGAAUUUCAAAUAUCUAUACCUAUUGUCAUGAAUUCAGUGGUACCUCCCCACAAAAACACUCAAAGGCCACCUCUGCAGCGAAGACAUAGGUGGGGAGGCAAUACAGACUCAUGGAAUUCUUUCAGUAUUUCCAGUAGCUGAUAACACAGUUGCAGUCAGUUAAUAAAAACCUGUUGCUUGCCCUUCUAAAACACAUCACCACCUCCAAUAAAGUAGUGGAUCUUCUGUGUUUUAAAUAGACCGAUUUCAAGACCAUCUUCUUCUGGAGGUCGUUCCUGAACGAAUUUGCAUGUAAAUAAAAUUGUACCUAAAAUGUGUUUUUUUUAAAACUAUUUAUUACAGUUGUAAUAACUUUGAUUUUAGUGAGAUAUUUAAUAUAUUGUGUCAUAUAGCAGAGUCUUCCUUCAUAAAUGUAAGACAAUGAUGUUGUCAUAUGCCAAGUAACUGUUGAGCAGGGUUUUUUUUUAAAAAAAGAGGUCAUAAUUAGAUAUCUAAUCUUGCAACCUGAUACAGGUGAACCUGCUUCUGCAGGGGGGUUGGACUAGAUGAUCUUUAAAGGUCCUUUCCAACCCUACCAUUCUGUGAUUCUAUGAUUCUAUGAUCUUUUAAAAGGUAAUUAAAGCCCCAGAAGAAGAGGUUCUUUAUGUAAUAACCAGUUUUAAUGAUUGUCAUUUAGUCUUCUUAUCUUUGAGGAGAUUGUCCUGGAUUGUCCUUUUGUUUUAUUCAGCAUAUAUUGCCAAUUGACAAUGUUUUGGCAUGUAUUUUAUGGUUUCAGUUGUGUCAUUUGGGUUUUUUUUUCAUCCCAGAAGCUCUUCUGGCAGCUGAAGCAACACUCUGCUAGUACAGUGUUCACCAGCCUUAAGACAGUGCAACCCAAAGUCUUUUUUUUAUUUGGUAGUAUAUAAACUAUGACAGUGGCUGCACACCACCAACCUUUUUUAUGCUGACUAUAAAAACCUGAAUUUUAUCACUAAAAUCAAAACAUUUCAUAGCUAUGUCUUUUCAAGUCAAUUUCUUUCAUUUACUGUAAAAAUGAAGCAUUAAAGCGUUAGACUGUCAAGUCCCAGUCCACAGUUGGGAUGUAUCAAUUCAAUAUAAGUAGCAGAUACACUUCUGUAAAACCAUAUUGCAUUCCUAAUUUUGGCACAGACAAUGUGAACUAUUUAGCACAUAAAAGAAUGAGCCAGCAUGGAGAUUGACUAAUUUACUGCCCUUUUCUCUUAAAAAAAAAAUAGUGAAUUUGUAGUUAUCACGCUACUUGCUUUCUAAGAGCUUGCUUUGUUAAUAAAAUAUAUUUGUCUUCAGUGUUGUUUUAGUAGUUCAAUGUCAGAAUUGUUUACUUCUAAGCCUGUAGGAUUUUAAACAAAUGAGCAUUGUUACUAACUUGCUAGCUGAAGUAACCUGUCUUCGUGUCUAACUCCAUUUGAUUUCCUUAUGCAAUGAGUAAGUAAAUCCUGAAUAAGUUGUGUCAAGAACAUUAGCACACAGCUAAAAGAGUUUUCAUGGUUUUCCAUUACUAAUUUGCUGUGAUAUCCAUCAGAAUUUUGAAAAUUCCAAAGCCAGCGUAUUUUUUUUUAAUUUAUAGACUAUUUUUAAAUGGGCCCUGAAAACUACUUCCUCUUUAAAGUUUGAACACCAUGAAAGUUGAAAAUCCAGGUGUAUAAUGAGGUGUCUUCCUGGAGUUUUCCACACCCAUUCUGCAAAUCUAAAUUUGUAUAAUUUCCUGUAUAUGUGCAAUAACAUUUCCCUGAGAGGUCCAACUAACUAUAAAAGUUGAAAUCUGCAGUUUCACAUUUUAAUAAUUAUUUUAAUUAUUUGAAAAAUAAUUUUAAAUGCCUCAGUAGCCCAUGGAUUGUUAAUACAUUGAAUUACGUGUGUAUAUAUAUAAAAAAGCUCUCCAACCAUAUGAAUGUCUCCGUUCGUUGUCUGUUAUUCAUACAAAUUAUUUGAAUGUGUUUUAGUUUUCAUGAUUAUCUUUUUCCAUGUCUCAACAGAAUCAUGGAAAUCAUUGCAAGUGGUCAGGAAUACUUCACUUCUCCUGAAGGUUUUAUAUUUAAAGAUGGAAGCAUAUUUCUAAUAGGAGGAAGAUUAAAAGGUUUAGAAAGUGGUUUUAUUUACUCUGUUACUUCAAGUCAUAAUAAAUGUAUAAAAUGUAUGGAGACUUUAUGUAGUAGUCACACAAUAUGCUAAGGUGUGAUAAAAAAGAGCUGCAUUAUAGAGAACUGAUGUUAUAUCUUUUGGUAUCUUCAGUUUUUGAAGGAAAUGAAUUAAUAUUUAAUGACAUUCUAACUGGAAUUUGUGUUUAAACAGAUGUGAAUUCAUACUAUUUUAAGAUGCUGCAUCAUUUUUUUGUGUUGUGUUUUUAAUAAAUGAUUGAUGGGUGGUGAGUAUUUUUGGUAUGCAAAGCAUGUUGUUCAAUUACAGGCUUGCAGUUUGCAAAAGACACAUAACAAGAAGGCAGUGCUUUGCAACUUGGCAUUCUAUUAGACAUUUCUUGUAAACUCCUUAAUCUGUAAAACUGUAUUCCAAGGUAAGUACAAUGACAUGGCAGGUGAAAGCACAAUGGAAUUAUUGUUUGUGUAAGACAGUUUCACGGUAUAUUAGUAUUUCAUGAAGAUAUGACAGUCACAGUUGUACAUAUAGCUCAGUAGUUGCUUUUACACUGAAAUACUUCAAUGAAAAAAGAAUAAAAAUACU